AUGCAUCUAAGCACUUACGCUACACUCCUCAUCCCAACGCUUGCAGCUGCCGGCCGCCUCGGUGGUAUUGACAUGAACCGCGCUUGCAGAGACCAGUAUGGAGGCAGCUGGUCCGCAUACGUGUCGCUCCAAGGAGGCGGGUGCAACGCCUGGAGGUGUGCUUAUAAUGGAGGGGAAGCCACACCGCGGAGUAUAGAUACGCCGAGGGCAUGUGUGAAUCAGUAUGGUGGUGGAGCAUAUGCGCUGUGCUAUAACGGCGAGUAUGAUUGGAGUUGUUUUAGAGAUUGA